CACUUGUUGGGUAAAUCUACGGUGGUGAAGGAAUGAAACCAAGAAAAAGAAGGGUUUCUGGGCUGCACUAUCUACAUACAUAUGUAUGAAGGUCUACACAUAUUCAUUACUAGUGAAAAAAGACAUGUUGCACAAAACAGAUGACCGGACUCGCUAAUAAAUAUUUAGUGAAUCACUUCACUUAAUUACGCAAUUAAGUAAAUAAUUACUUAAUCAGUAGUGAGUCACUUAAUCAAUAAUUGAAGUAGUAACUGACAAGAUUGCAAAAAUUGUUCUAAUAAGAAUACAUACAAACAUUCGCAGUUAUGGGCUUUGUUCCCAGUACAUAAUUUUAUUUCGUCCCAAAAAUAACUUUAUCAGCUCUGUGUGCUUAUCUGCCCUCUUAGAAAUCCAGUAUUAAACUAAUACCCAGCCGUGUUCUUAUCUAUCACAGUGUUGUUAAUAACUAAUACCGUGAAUAUACUGAUAAGUCGGGAUUAAAUUUUCGUCACAUCUGUAGCGAAUUUUUGCGGAGAGAGUGUAUGUAUAAGUUAAUUGGUGACAAGUUUACUACCGAGAAAUCAAAUUCUGCCGGAGAUUUGAAACAGUGUAAAUUGUUUACUGCGAUAAAAUAUGGCACACGGUUUCGUGGAUUCGCAAAAUUUCGAUGGAAUAUAUUCCAUCCAGUUUUCCAAGGACAACUUGAUCCGAGUUAAUGGAGUGCCUACGGUGCCAAAGAGGUUAAUAGAUUGUGUCAGAAAAGCAAUUACUUCCGGAUGGGUGAAAGGUCUACUUAACGAAUCUCUGGAGCAUGGAGCGCACGAAUUUUGUGUAGUUGGUGCACCUUGGUAUGGCAAGCAAAGCGACGGGGUUGCUGGACGCAGACUCCUCGCCUCAAUUUUACUCCAGCUGGCGAGACAAGGUUGGCAGUUUUUGCAAAGUUUUGACCCCACUCGGAAGGAUAACGAUAAAGACACCAUGUUCUUCGAGUUUGCCAAGCCCGACCCAAGGGCAGAGAUUUUUGUCGUGAGUUUUAACAGACUUGCGAGAAUCAGAUUAAUCGAGCCACCAAAUUCGCAAGUUGUGGACACGUUUAAAGCCGCCGUGACGAAUGGGUGGGGCCGUGGGAUAAUUCGUCAUCAAACGUAUUACGGCGCUAAUGAGAUCAUACUGGGCGGAAGUCCUUGGCUAACGAGUUACAAGGGUGAAAGCAUUGCGGCCAAACAACUCGUGGCUUAUCUGAUUUAUGCCAUGAAACUGAUCGGGUAUAAGAUUUACGCCUCGGUGGAUAUUACUGGAAGGAAGGUGGCCAACAAUAGUCGAGACAACGGAAGCACGGGUAAAUGGAUGUGUAGAUUAAUUUGCGAAUGCACUCUUCAAAAUAAUGUACAUCUUUUGAAAAGUGAAUGCAAUCUGGAUUCAAUGCUCAAUAAAUUAUACUAACCCUUUAUCAGAUUAUAUAAGUUCACCAUGGAUUUAAUAUAGUUUACUCAAUUUAGAAUUUAGUUUUCAAAAGGGUAACAUUUGUUUUUUAAGUUUGUGCUUUAAUUUUUGUGGUGGGGAUUAAAUAUAAUCUUGGUUUAAUUAAAUGUGGUUAGACAGUAUUUAAUACUGAAACGGAAGAAGUACAAUUUACAGCAGUUCUCUAAUAUUAUAUGUCGUCGAGAUUUACAUAAUUAUUUUAAAUGAUAUUUAACAUGAUAAUGAAAAAAAAUCUGAAUGUAUUUGCUGUGAUAUGAAAAUGACUUUGGUGGAUGUAUGUAUGUACCUUUGAGACAGAGACCAGUUUGGUAAAUUUGAAUGGUGCCAUUCUGUCGUCCUUUUUCCUGGAACUUGUCCAGUUUUUAAUCUUUUUCUUUAAAGUUUUUUGAACCUUUCGUGACCUCCUCAACCCCACCUCCAAUAAUUGUGUGGCCAUCAGCCAUUGGCUGGUGAGGUUGAGGGGACCUUCCCUUUGCCAGAAGUUGGCUUCGGUUUUGGCAGUGAAUAUGCCCUUUUUAAGUGAAGUUCAAGUUGAAAUAAUUUUAGUGUCGACUCACCACUACGAGGAAGAACAUCGUAACCUCUAAAUUGUCCCUCGUCUCAUUUUACACUCUAAAUUUGUAAUAGUUGGCUUAUGUGUAAAAUAAAUGACACCACCAAGUAA